CAAAUAAAGUUGACUUCAACUCAACUCAACUCAACUAAACCUUCACUCUCACCAAUUCACAGAUCUCACAAAAACACAACACAAACACAAAACACAAACUCAAAACCCAAAGAUCCAACCAAUCACUCACUCAAUCCAAUCUCCAAACAAUCUGGUCAACUUCAAAAGUCAACGCAUCAGCUCACUCCAAAUUCACCAUCUCACUCAACUCAAAUCCACAAUACAAUCACACCCAGUUUACAUCUCUUCAACAGGUAUUCAACCCACUUCAAUUCCCAUUCCAAUUUCUUCAAUGAAGACUUUUCUAAUAUUAGGGUUAGGGUUUCUAUCACUUUUCUUCAUUAGAUUAUCAAUCGCACAAACUUCACUUGAUAUUAACGGCAAUCGAUUUGGGGGUUUGAGAUCCACAAACGAACCCAAAUUCAUCCCCAAAUAUGAUCGAAUUGAUGAGGUUAAAAAGCAAUGUUCUUCAAUUUUACCUCGUGAUUCUAACAAAAAACCCUACGGUAAACCCUUGUUUAGAUUGAAAGAUAGAUUAUCUUUUGUUAAUGGUGAUUGGUUUCAAGAUUUGGGUCAAUCCCCUUUGAUGCCAUUUGUUCAUAACCCAAAUGGGUCAAACUCAAAUGGGUCAAAUUCAAAUGGGUCAAACUCAAAUGGGUCAAAUUCAAAUGGGUCAAACUCAAAUGGGUCAAAUUCAAAUGGGUCAAACUCAAAUGGGUCAGAUUCAGAUCCAAGAUCACCAUUGAGUUUGAUCUCAUUUUGGGUCACGGAUGUGGACCGGGCUCAUCGGGUUCGAAACUCGGUUAAUAUUAACGGGAUUAUGCGGCUUGGUAUAACGAUGGCGGGUGAAUUCGGGUUCAAACCGUAUGAGAAUGACCCGACUUUUCGGAUAUACCAAGAUCAUUCGGAACUAACGGUUUCGUUUCAAGGGGUUGUGGCGGAUAAUUCGGAUGAUAACGAUGGGGAAGUGGUAAUGUGUUUGCUUGGGAAUACGAUGUUACCGUAUCGUUAUAAGGAUAAGAGUAACCCGUGGGAUUGGGUUAAAGAACCGGGGUUUAUGACCCAACCGCCGUUGAUUCAAGACGAUCAGGUUUUGUUAGUUGUUCGGUAUCCAAAAACGUUUAGUUUAACGAAACGAGGGGUUUACGGUAGUUUGAGAAGUUUAAGCCCGAAAACGAGUGAGAAGUACUUUGAUGAGGUGCAUGUUUCGGCUUCGUUAAGUGGUUCUGCUAAUUACGAGUUUAACGCGGAUAAACUUGUGUCGAAAGCUUGCGAUCCGUACCCGUAUAAAGAUAAUGUUACGGAUACUGGGCUUGGGGUGUAUAAAGGGGAUGACUUUUGCCUUAUUCUUGAACGGUUUACGGGUCAAGAUCCGUUGACCGUUGUCCCGAAUUGGAAGUGUAACGGGAAUGGUAGUUUGUGCAGCCGAUUAGGCCCGUUUGAAUCUGAUGAGAGUAUAAGAUUGACUAACGGAAGCUUUAAAGAUGUACGACUUAGUUUUCAAGAUGUCCGAUGUGAAGAAUCGCCCGUAAAGGGUAAAACCGAAAAGUAUACGAAAGUUGCGGGCCUUAUUAGAGUCGUUCCACCAUUUGAGGAUCAUUACCGAGUGUCGCAACGAACCGGGCUUAACAAUAUGACCCUUUCGGUUGAAGGGAUGUGGAAAUCAUCCAGUGGGCAGCUGUGUAUGAUCGGUUGUCGUGGAAUCGUUGAUCAAGCAUCCAACGGCUGUGAUUCGCGGAUCUGUUUAUACAUUCCGCUCUCGUUUUCGAUUAAGCAAAGAAGCAUAAUUCUCGGGACAAUUUCGAGUAUCGAAGAUGGUAGUUCGAGUAACUCGUCGUACUUUCCAUUAUCGUUUGAAAAACUGGUACGACCUUCUGAGCUAUACGAUCAGUACACCGAGUCAAAACCGUAUUAUACGUAUUCGAAGAUCGCGUUAGCCGGAACCGUGCUCGAAAAGAACGAGCCGUUCAGCUUCGGGACCGUGGUUAAAAAGUCGCUUUUGACGUUUCCGAAAGUCGAAGAUGCAGACUCGUAUUUAGUGGGCUUGUCUCUUUUAUCCGAAGAUCUCACACUUCACCACCCCGCGGUUCCCAAUUCGGGCCCGAAUCGGCUUCCGAGACCCGAUUUACAAAUCGAGAUCUUAUCGAUUGGCCCGUUAUUCGGUCACUACUGGUCUCUACAAAACGACACGAUAACAGAAGAAGACACGCCGUACCAAAGCAAAAAAACAUACACCGAGAAGCAGCUUUUGUUGAACGUAUCGGCCCAAAUUAGUCUAACGGGCCAGCAAUAUGCAAACUUUUCGAAUCUGUUCGUAGAAGGGUUGUAUCACCCGCUUGUCGGGAAACUGUAUUUGGUGGGUUGUCGAGACGUACGGGCCUCUUGGAGUGUUUUAUACGAUAGUAUGGAUCUCGAAGACGGGCUGGAUUGUUUGAUUGAGAUCGUGGUAUCGUAUCCACCCACCACGACCCGUUGGCUUGUUAAUCCAACGGCUACGAUUUCAAUAUCGAGUCAAAGGAACGAAUAUGACCCGUUGUUUUUCAAACCCGUUAAGCUGCAAACGGUUCCGAUUAUGUAUCGGGCUCAACGCGAAGACAUUCUUUCUCGACAAGGUGUUGAGGGGAUGUUACGGGUUUUAACGCUUUCGGUUGCAGUCGGGUGUAUUUUAAGUCAAUUGUUUUAUAUUAAAGAGAACUCAGACUCGACCCCGUAUAUUUCGAUAGUGAUGUUAGCGGUCCAAGCGAUCGGGUACGGGAUCCCGCUCGUUACAGGAGCCGAAGCGAUUUUCAAAAAGUCGAAAUCGUACGACGAUUCUUCGGUUCUCGAAAAAAGUCAGAUGAUUCAAGUUAUCGAUUACACGGUUAAGAUCCUUUUAUUGGUCUCAUUCUCGUUAAUCGUAAGGCUCUACCAGAAAGUUUGGCGGGCCCGGGUUCGGUUACUCACACGGGCCCCACUCGAACCGAACCGUGUACCUUCUGACCGAAGGGUGCUUUUCGUGACCGUGGUGGUUCACGUGCUCGGGUUCGUAUGUGUUCUCGUGGUCCAUAAGGUGCAACCGUGGCUAGUCGAGCUCGAGGAGUACGCGGGUCUAGUUCAAGAUUUCUUUUUACUCCCGCAAGUUAUCGGUAACUUAGUUUGGCAAAUCGGUUGCAUACCGUUAAGAAAAUCGUAUUUUAUCGGGUUAACGGUAAUCCAACUACUUCCUCACGUGUACGAUUACAUACGAUCACCGAUCCCGAACCCUUAUUUUUCCGAAGAGUACGAGUUUGUGGACCCGCGUCUCGAUUUCUACUCGAAAGUCGGGGACGUUUUGAUACCCGUAAUUGCGAUUUUACUUGCGGUUUUUGUACAUGUUCAACAGAAGUUCGGUUACGAGCGGCUUGCGCAGGCUCUUGAUUUCGGGAAGUUUCGGGUUUUGCCACGACGGACGGUGGCGUAUGAGCGGCUGCCGCCCGUGGUGGCGGAGGCUGAGAUGACUUCUGGUGUCAAUGGAGAUGGUGGUGCAACAAGAAAGGAGGUUGAUAUAGAAUGAAUGUAAUGAAUUGUAGAUGUUGUGACACUUUUUUAAAUUUUGUAUACUUUUGUUGCUACAUGAUGAUUAAAGUUUGUUGCUUGAUUUUGAAGUUAUUAGAUUGUUGAAAUUAGAUA